UUGCCCGCGAUUCCUCUCUCUCUCUCUCCCCUACAACCAAAUGAACAAAAGCUUCAAGAUCUUCGUCUACCCUACCCUCAAAUCCCACCCCUUCGCCAACGUCCUCCUCCUAGAACCUUACGCUAAUCAAUCUGUUUUGCAACAAUCUCAAGGGUCCAAUCCCUUCGUUCAUCGGAGAUCUCCCGAACUACUACAGCAAAAAUGGGUAUUCCAAAGAAGCUCAUAAUCUGCCUCUUCCUGCCAACAACAAUGGCAAUCCAAACCACCACAGCUCUCAUGCUCUACACACGAACCCCCUCUGGGACCUAAUGCUCCCACCAGAUGACCCAUUUUACAUCCUCGAAGAAACCCCUCUCUCCUUCCCCAAAUCAAUCGAAACCCUAGCUCUCGCUCGCUGCGAUUGGAAAGAAAUCCCCAUAUCCCACGUGAUCACGCUUGACGUUCCGGGGCUAACAAAGGAAGAUAUCAAAAUCACGGUGGAGAAGAACAGGGUGUUGAGGUUGGUGCCUGAGUCACUUGUUUACAAAAGAUAUAUGUAUUCACAACAAAUCUUCCAGCAAAGGCUUGCAAAGAGAGAGGGUGGAACCACAGACAGAAGCCAAGACAUUGCUCACUUACAGGAGUUUUAUAAGCAUUAUAGGGAGAAGCAUAAUAUAGACAAGUUACGGGAAGAGAAAAUACAGUUGAGGGAGUCGGGUGCUUUCAGUGGCAACCAUACAGAGAAAAUUAUGCUCUAGAGAAAAUUCUCUCAACCACAUUAACAAACAAUAUUGAACUCGGUACCAAAACAUCAGAGAAAUUGUCUAGUCUUUCUAGAAUUUCUCUAGAUUAGAAUUUUCUGUGGAUGUAAAUUUGUGUGAAUUUUCUCUGGAUUUCUGGUUUUGUAUUACAGUUUUGUUGUGUGUUAUUGUUGUUAUUGAAGGAGCUUGAAUUGAA